GGUUCACCAUUGUAUUAAACAAACUAUAAUUCUCAUCGGAAGCAUUCAUCUACCUGAGAAAAAAAAUAGAGAGAAAUGGCGUCGGCGAUGGUGAGAUCUAGUCUUCGAACGGCUCUCCGAGGUGGCGUGCGUGUGAAUCCAUCUUCGACAAGGUCAUUCUCUUCCGGUGCAUCGGUUGAAGAAGAAGCUCGUGAGGCGGCGAAAUGGGAGAAGAUUACUUAUGUAGGAAUCGUUGCUUGCUCGAUUCUUGCAUUUGUUAACCUAUCAAAGGGUCAUCCUCAUUUCGAUGAACCCCCUCCGUAUCCAUACUUGCACAUUCGUAACAAGGAGUUUCCAUGGGGUCCAGAUGGGCUAUUUGAAGUCAAGGAACACCAUUAAGAGCUUGUGGAGGGAAUUCGGAAUAACGAUCUUCAUGUUUAUGUUUCAUUCAGUUAUUAUUGUUACCAUUCAGACUGCAUUCGCGUAGAAGUUGGUACUUGUAUUUCCUCCUUGCAAGGGAUUGCUUCUUUUUCACAGUAUUUCUUUUCUGGCAAAUAAGGGUUGGUGAAUAGGAUUGGUUCAACAUUGGUACCUUAAUUGUUUACUAACAACUUACUUUUUCAAUC